GCGAAUACGACGGUCACGUUGCACUCGGCGUGGCUCGAUCUCCUCUGCAUGCCUCUGCACGCUGCCCCCUCGUCCAUCUGCCUCCUUCGACUAGUGCGUUCGACAUAUGCGAUCGACUGUUAGCACGGUGCAGUGCGGUUUUUCCUCGCGCCCGUUCCUCGUCCGUUCUCGUAGUUGCCGUGAAAUUAAAAAAAAAAAAAGAAGAAAGAAAAAAGAUAGAUGCGAAAUCGGUGGAAUUGUUCUCGUAGUUGCCGUGAAAUUAAAAAAAAAAAUAGAUGCAAAAUCGGUGGAAUCGCGCAUGCCAGUGGAACGAUCGAUUAUGAGUUAUGUGUCAUUAUACGAUGCUUCGGGAAAUCGCGAUCUACGUCGCGUGAUUCGUGAGCGUGCCAGUGAAACUCUUAUGCACGCGAAGUGUUAACGUUCCAUUGUGUUAUUUUUAUAAUUAAAAGAAUUAGUGCCUUGAUUCUAAGUGACACAAGGAGCAUUUGGCGAUAUUGAUUAAGACAUGGCUCAUCGACAUAAAGAUUAGCGAGUGUCGUGAAUUGUCGUCGUUGAUUUAGUUUAAUUUAAUUCAAUCGAGACUUUUUUGGCGAUCGACGAAGUGUCGUUGAAUCGAAGACUAAAAUCUCGCAAAACUACGCAGUGAAUUUUCAAUUCGGUAAUCUGGAACCGCGAUGAUGUGCGUUAUCAAUACGAUGGUCUCAGCUGAUGUCGUAUGUGUAUCAUCGUCAAUUUAAUUCUUCGAUCGAUUUCUCCAAUAUAUUCUUAAUUCGGGAAUUGAUUGCGAGAGACUUUGCGCGAUAAUUAAACUGGAAAAAAUGCACGCUUUGCAGCGAACUCGCUGUCCGCACUUUGCCGGCUGAGAAAGAGAGCUUUUUCCGCAGCGAUUCCAGAUUAUUGCAACGGACUGCAACGUCAGCUGAUCUCUUUCUAAUCCAGUACGCUUUCACCAACUUCGAUCAAAGGUGUGCUGAGAAAAAAUGACAGGAAGUACUAACAACGAAAUGGGCCAGGGGGUGACAUCGGGUGUCUUGGGCGACGGUAGGAAGCAUACGGUUCAUUGGUUUCGUAGGGGACUCCGGCUACACGACAACCCUUCAUUGAGGGAAGGUCUGGCGGGGGCGUCCACUUUCCGGUGCGUCUUCGUACUGGACCCCUGGUUCGCCGGAAGCACCAACGUCGGUAUCAAUAAAUGGAGGUUCCUACUGCAAUGUCUGGAGGAUCUAGACUGUUCCUUAAGGAAGCUAAAUUCCCGUCUAUUCGUGAUCCGUGGCCAACCAGCCGAUGCGCUUCCCAAACUCUUCAAGGAAUGGGGCACGACAGAUCUGACCUUCGAGGAGGAUCCGGAGCCAUUCGGCCGCGUGCGAGAUCACAAUAUCUCGGCACUCUGUAAAGAGCUUGGUAUCUCGGUGGUUCAGAAAGUCUCGCACACUCUCUACAAAUUAGACGAGAUCAUAGAGAGAAAUAAUGGAAAACCGCCGUUGACCUAUCAUCAAUUUCAAAACAUCGUCGCUGGCAUGGACCCACCGGAACCGCCAGUACCAACGGUAACUGCCGCUUGCAUCGGUAGUGCCUAUACUCCUCUUAAGGACGACCACGAUGACCAUUAUGGCGUGCCCACCCUCGAGGAACUCGGGUUUGACACGGAAGGUCUUCUACCCCCCGUAUGGGUCGGCGGCGAGAGCGAGGCCCUGGCACGGCUCGAGCGUCAUCUCGAGAGGAAAGCGUGGGUGGCGAGUUUCGGCAGGCCGAAAAUGACACCGCAGUCUUUAUUGCCGAGUCAAACCGGGCUCUCGCCUUAUCUGCGAUUCGGGUGUCUCAGCACGCGGCUCUUUUACUACCAGCUCACUGAUCUGUACAAAAAGAUAAAGAAGGCUGUGCCACCACUGUCGUUGCACGGACAGUUGCUUUGGCGCGAGUUCUUUUAUUGCGCCGCGACAAAGAACCCUAAUUUCGACCGCAUGCAGGGUAACCCAAUUUGCGUGCAGAUACCGUGGGACAAGAACGUCGAGGCGCUCGCAAAGUGGGCGAACGGUCAGACGGGAUUUCCGUGGAUCGACGCGAUCAUGACUCAACUGCGCGAGGAGGGCUGGAUACAUCAUCUGGCCAGACAUGCGGUUGCCUGCUUCUUGACCAGGGGCGACCUUUGGAUCUCAUGGGAGGAAGGAAUGAAGGUGUUUGAUGAGCUGCUCUUGGACGCCGAUUGGUCUGUCAACGCCGGCAUGUGGAUGUGGCUGUCAUGCAGCUCGUUUUUUCAACAAUUUUUCCACUGCUAUUGUCCCGUGCGAUUCGGCAGAAAGGCGGAUCCGAAUGGCGAUUAUAUCAGACGCUAUCUGCCGGUGCUGAAGAACUUUCCGACCCGGUACAUCCACGAACCGUGGAACGCGCCGCUCAGCAUACAACACGCUGCCAAAUGUAUCAUCGGCAAGGAAUACUCUCUGCCGAUGGUGAAUCACAACAAGACCUCGCGCAUCAACAUCGAGCGGAUGAAGCAGGUGUAUCAGCAGCUGAAUAAGUACCGCGAUAACGGAGCUUCAUUCAAAGGAGAAAAGAUCGGCUUGCUGAACGCAUUGCUGGCGCCGCCGACGAAGGAUGCUGACGAGGAAAAAAGGAAGCAGGACUCACCGAAUCGGGGGAACGAGGAGAAAAUGGAAACUAUUAGUAAUUCCGCGCAACAGCAGCAGCAACAACAGCAGCAGCAAUAGCGAUAGCUGAUAAUAAUAAUUUAAUAAAUACGUUAAUGUGUUAUGUGAUAACGUUGACGCUGUCUUUCUUGUGGAUUUUACUAAA